AUGCCGAUAUAUGAAUCAUCAGAGUCCGACAAUGAGACCACCCCACGGGUAAAGCUGUUUGGACGUCAAAGGCCAAUGCAUGCUAUUCUUGGAGGAGGAAAAGUUGCUGAUGUAUUACUGUGGAGGAACAGAAACGCGUCCGCCGCAUUAUUAAUUGGAGUAUCAGCAAUAUGGUUUCUUUUCGAGGUAGUUGAGUACAAUUUCGUGACCCUUCUCUGUCACAUCUCCAUUACCACAAUGCUUGUGAUCUUUAUAUGGUGCAUGACUGCAGAGUAUUUUGGAUGGAAUCGUCCGCAGAUCCCUGAAUUGUUAUCUAAUGAACAUACCUUCCAAGAAGUUGUUUCCAACUUCCAUUUGAGGUUCAACCAGUACUUGCGAUAUUUCCUUCACAUUGCCGGUGGAAAUGACCCCGUACAAUUCUUUUUGGUAAUUAUUUCUCUGUACAUAAUAUCAGUGAUCGGAUCAUGUUUUGACUUCGUGAAUCUCCUGUUCAUUGGCUUUCUCUGCAUGGAGACGCUGCCAUAUCUGUACAAUCGAUACGAGAGGGAAGUUGAUUAUCAUGCUGGGCAAAUGACCCGAAAAGUGAGCAAAAUGUACAGAUGGUUUGAUUCAAGAGUUCUUAACAAGAUACCGAGAGGACCAGUGAAGGACAAGAAGCACACAUAAAUAAUGAGUAGCGCCCAAA